GACGAUUGCAUCCCUCCACCACGCCAACUCCGACACCAUACUCCGCUAGCUCGCUGUUCACCAUGAUCCCACAAGCGACGGCCGGGUUCUCGGACGACGCACAAGUCCAUCGCACGCUGGAGCAUGGCCGGACUCUUCUCGGCCCCGGGUGGCGCUGCGUUGACAGCUUCGACGAUAUAAAUGAGGACGCGUAUGAGGACGAUGAAGAGGAGGAGUACGUUCUCAUGGACCUCGGCACUUCGGUCGAUACGCGAACACUUCAGACGGAAGCAACGUAUCAGCUCAUAGGGCUCGACACGCCUAUACCGUUUCUCAAAAUUGGAGAGAACGUGUUCGAGGGGCGCGUGAAUCCUCUGAUCGGGGACGAAGUUGUGUUUGAUGUCGUCCGGCGUGAGUAGGCAUCGAUGCUAGGGCUAAAUGGCAGAGGAGGAUUCCCAGAGGCCUCACUAUCGUCCUCUGCUCAAGACCCGCUCGCGCAUCGAGUUCCGUGGCAUUUCCCUCGUCGAGCGAGGAACUGCGCGCGAAGUUCCGCCUCCUCAAACUCCUAAGAUUUCAGGCGCGCUCGACCGAGGCAUGUUCCCCACGCGGCGGCGGCGUAUCCCGGAAGAGGAGCGUGCUGCUGAAGAGCUCAAGAAGGCUGCGGCUUCCAAGGGCACGAGCACGCCGCUGCGCCGGAGCGGACGACGGAGUCAAGCCGCUCCGACUGUGGCCGAUCUCACAGCCGACCCAGGGGCCGGGCCGAGCGUGGUGCUCACGACGGGUGGCGUAGAGGCGGAGAUGGUUAUUGAUCUCGAAGAGGCACGGCGCGGGGAUAUCGCCGACGAGGAUAUGGCUGAGGAUGCGCCCGAAGAUACAGCCGACAGUAGCCCAGGCAAAAAGAGGAGUCCGAGUAAGGGCAAGAGCGCAAGUAAAGCCAUGCCCAAGCCCAAGCCCAAGCCAUCGCCCAAGGCCAAGCCUAAAACAAAGGGCAAAGGCAAGGAGAAGGCGACAGAUGAUGUCGAGAUGGCUGAGGAAAGCGAAACGCCCGCACCCGCACCUGUCGAGGAAGUCGAGGAGGACCUCGAGGCCCAGACUAGCGAAAUCGACGUAACUCCAACUGUCGUCCGUCGUCGCGGAGGCCCCGGCCGACCCCGUGGCCGUCGGCAGGACCCAUCGACACCGCGGAUGGUGCGCGCUGCUGUUGCUGUCUCCUCUCUAGCCGAUCUGGCGGACAUCGCGUACGCCGGCGGUCUCGGGCCUUCGAACAUCCGCCUGGACGUCGCGCCUAAUGCCGACGCCGAGCUACUGGCCGCCGUUGCCGCCGUGCGCAAGGGCCAGCCGUGGACUCCGGGCUCGAAGCUUACGCCGUCGCAAGAGGAACGACUGCUGCGCAACUUGCCUGCCAGUGGGCCAGGGUCGCGGGGUGGUCGCCGUGGAAGCGGAGUGGGGCGCGGGCGCGGGCGUGGACGUGGACGGCCAGCCACGAGACGCAGGCCGCUGCAUUCCAGUGGGAUGGGAUUGGGUGACGACUUCUUUGGUGUGGGCUCGUCGAAGGAUGGCGCGGAGAAUGCUGAGAACGAUGAGGGUGAGGAAGAUGACGGGGACCACUUCGAAGACGACGAUGGAGAGGAAGGGGAGCAUGAGGAGAUGGAGGUCGACGAGUCUUAGUUCUCUUGUGAUGUAUGAAGUGUUGUGU